AUGGCGGGGAAUUCAAACUCGGACCUCCAGACGUUCACGUCCCCGCUUCAACAAGGAGGUGAUUCGCCCCGUCCGAGACAAGCAGCUUGUCUCGUCUGUCGUCGAUCAAAGAUCAAGUGCGACUGGAAACCCCAUCAGGAACGAUGCAGGAGAUGUAUCCAACUCGACACGGAAUGCGUGCGACCUGCAUAUCAUCCCGGUCGUCAAAAGGGUAUCAAAAAUAAACGUACAGGUCUUGACAAAGCUUUGUAUCAAAUUGAUCAAGCUGUCAAACGCGCUCGUUCAGCAGCUCAGAAGAAUCCAGAAGAUGAUAGAAUUCUGAACCAUCUUCAGGAUCUACUCAGUGGCGCGAAUUCACCUGCUGAUGCCCCGCAGACGAGAUACAGUGCCAGCGGCGAUGGUGAAGAGGAUGCUUAUUCUGAAGAGGAAGAAGAGGAGCAGGAGCAAGAUCCUAUCGUGAUACCUGAGUUCAUUCAAAGAACACAGCAAAGUCUUGCAAUUGACGACGCCGAGAAUCCACUGCAGCUUCUUGCAAGGGCAUCCUACAUUCAACCGUCACCAGAGUCGAGACAUGGAAAUUCCCCUCAGCAAGCCCAUACAGCGAGCACAACUGGACAAACCGAGGAUGAGAUUCAAGCGUUCUUUGCUCCAGCGCAUGUUCAUCUAGAUGUUGGAUCUGACCUUGACCCUGUCACGUUGGGACUUGUCUCAGAAGAUGAAGCUGACAGGCUAUUCCACUUUUUUCAUCGCAAUCUUGCUCAUACCCGAUGGGGCCUUGAUCCAAGGAUAUACACCGUCGAAUUCACGCGCUCGAGAUCAUCAUUCCUCUACACAUCCAUCAUGGCUGCAUCAGCCCUUUUCAUGCCAUCAGCAGCAGCACUUUCAAAACGACUAUCAAACCACGUCAGGACUCUCGCACACAAAGUCGUACUCAAGCGGUACAGAUCAGUUGAAAUCGUUCUUGCGUUCAUGGUAAACAUUCCAUGGAUGUUCCCAGGUCAACAUUCAACCGACGACGAAACCUGCACGUACAUCUCCAUAGCGAACACGGUCGCCACCGAUUUAUCGCUUCACAAAACCCUCGUAUCGCCAGAAAUGCUAGGCUCAGGAUCAGAAAUUGGUCUCGCGAGGGGUGAUUGUCUUGACCCGAGAGCAGCUUUAGCCAUGGACGGAUUUCCUGAGCUUGAUCCAUGGUCUGAGAAAGGACGUCUGUUACUUCGUAAUCGGGAGCGAUGCUGGCUUUCGCUUUUUGUUCUGGAACGUGGAAUGUCUCUUGCCAGAGGACGACCGUUUUCUGUUCCCAUGACCAAGUCUUUGAAGGACUGUGACAGUUGGCAUCGGUCUGAAUUUGCCGAUCCUCUUGAUGGACAUCUUGUCUCGAUGGCUGUGCUAAGAAGAGACUUGGAUGCGUUGUUUGCUACUGUGAGAGCUCUUUGUGACGGAUCGCAGAUGGCUUCUAGUGACGGUUCAUUGAUCGCCCAAUCAAUCCAAGGGUCAAUUGAACGAUUCUUUGAUCAAUGGUACACAGAGUGGGGGAUCUCAAUUGGCAAAGGCCCAGACCGUCGACUUCCACCAUACGUCGAAAUCCUCGUCACUCACACCCGCCUGUCCAUCUAUGGCGGCGUGAUAAACCAUCCCACAGCGCCGCUUGAAGUUCGUCGCUUCUUCCACACAGCCGGUCUCUCCUCAGCUCUGAACGUGAUGCGUGCCGCUAUCCAGGGAGAGUCGCAACUUCAAUCCAUGCCGAACAACACCGCCAUCAUGAUAUCCUUCGCAGCCUGCUUCGCUUUAACAUUGAGUUCCUACGCGACUGGUGGUUCAGCUUUGGCCCCGAGUGUCAGAAACCUCAUUGACGAAACAGCCACCGUUCUCGAAAGAAUCGGAAAAGUAACGAGACAUCGAAACGGUCUUUCUAUUAAAUAUGGAAAAUAUCUCAAACAAAUCGUCAGAAGGGCAGCUACAGGAGACGGUAUAUCUGAUCCGAGAAUGCCAAUCGUCAACGAAGCACCCAUCACGACGCCCACAUUUCUGGACCAGCAAGCUCUAUGGCAAGAACCGAUUCAUUUCUCUGCCAUGUCAGAUGAUCAAAUUGUACAAGCUCUGAAUCAACCAGGCAACGACUUUGAGCCCGGAUUCGGUGGACUUUCAUGGGAAGAUAUGACAAAUUUCGAAUGGCUUUACUGGCCCGAAGUUGGUAUAUAA